AUGCUAGAGACUGUGAAGUACCUGAUCGGCUCAACAGGAGCCAGCGGCUUCGGGUCUAAGUCAACCGCCGAGCAAGUUACCGAGACUUGUCCUGUUCUCCGCUCCAUCACCGCCAUCAUCACAGGUGCGACGUCGGGGAUAGGAGCUGAGACUGCAAGAGUGUUGGCCAAGAGAGGGGCGAGGUUGGUGCUUCCAUCUAGGAACCUUAAAGCUGCUGAGGAAGUUAAGGCUAGGAUUGUUUCGGAGUUUCCGGACUCGGAGAUCCUUGCCAUGGCUCUUGAUCUUAGUUCUCUCACUUCCGUUCGAAACUUUGUGUCGGAGUUCGAGUCACUUAACUUGCCCCUGAAUCUACUCAUAAACAACGCCGGCAAGUUUGCUCAUGAACAUGCAAUCUCUGAGGAUGGAAUCGAGAUGACAUUUGCCACUAAUUAUCUUGGUCAUUUUUUGUUGACGAAACUGUUGCUAAACAAUAUGAUCGAAACGGCAAAGCAAACUGGCGUUCAAGGAAGAAUAGUGAACGUGUCGUCAAGUAUUCACGGUUGGUUUUCCGGCGAUAUGAUCCGAUAUCUAGGCCAGAUUUCGAGAAGCAAAAGUCAAUACGAUGCGACACGUGCUUAUGCUCUCUCGAAGCUCGCUAAUGUUUUGCAUAGCAAGGAGCUUGCUCAGAGACUAAAGCAAGUGGAUGCCAACGUGACUGUGAACUGUGUUCAUCCAGGGAUUGUUAGAACCCGUCUCACCAGGGAACGUGAAGGCUUGAUCACAGAUCUGGUUUUCUUUUUAGCUUCCAAGCUCCUGAAGACAAUUCCUCAGGCAGCUGCUACGACUUGCUACGUUGCAACGCAUCCAAGACUAGUAAACAUAAGUGGGAAAUACUUUGCAGACUGCAACGAAGCAUGGACGUCGAAACUGGGUUCCGAUUCGAAUGAAGCUGCAAGGCUAUGGGCUGCCUCUGAAAUCAUGGUUUCCAGAAACGCUAAAGCAGUUUUUGAUCCACUUAAUGCCUUUGAUUUCCUGAUAUAUAUGUAGGAAAGUGAAGAAAAAAGACUAGAAAACAGACACAGAAAAAGAAAUUAUCUUCGUUGGAAGAUCAGGAAAGAUGAUAGGAAUAUAUAGUAUGUAUACAUCAGUUAAAGACAAAUGAGAUAUCCAAGGCUUAUGUUCGUAAAGUUAUAGGUAUGUUGGUUCUUAGUUGGUACAUUUUAGGAAGUUUACAUAGUAAUAGAAUCAGAUACUAUUAUUACAUCUGCCGAUGCCCCAUACUACAUUUAUUUUGUUUAUUUUUAACAUAAUUUGAAGACGGAUUAUCAUGCAAGUGGAACUGUAUAGAAGAGGAAAAAAAAAAGGUAUUGAUAAUUGUAAAAUGAUUAU